UAAUCUUUAAUCUAGCAUUCUCUUUUUAGUCUUUUUAAUGUACAUCUAGUUUCAGACUUAUGUAUUAGAAAAUAUCUGUACAAUGGUAAGGUUUCAGUUUAAAGCUUAGUACUCUUUGUUGUCUCUGAAUUUUAACAUAAUUAUUCUCGUUACAUGGUGAUAUAUGAAGCUUCUACAAAUUUAUCUAUAUCUUUGAUGCUCUGUAUCUUGGGUUCUUUAAGAAAUAUGUGGAUUCUGUAGAGCAGAGUCCAUCCGUUCUUUCUGUGAUUUUGUAUAAAUUUUUAUCUUUCAUACCUGUGUAAGAAGCAGGCCCACAAGAUACAAAUUAUUUCUUCGAUGUGAGUGCUAUAGUCACAUGUUGGGUCUUGUAAUAUGCUAAUCUUUGUCAAGGAGGCUGCCAGAUUGUAGUGAUACACUCUAGCUCUAUUUACCCAAGCCAGUAUUUUCUAUUUACCCUAACCUGUGCGUUUUGAUUUGUAGGUUGACGUUUUGAUAUAGUUGUUGCGGAAUGUAAUUUUAUCAACGUACCAAUUAGAUGACAGUAUGGGCUCAAAUCAUUCCUCCAGAGCAUGUCUUGCAAAUAUGCAAAAACAUGAAAUAACUCCAGAAAAAAAUUCCACAAAGACCAGGAAUUCUAUCAAAUAGUGGGACUCUAAUUGCAGCAGAGAGGUCAGGAAGAGAAAAAGCUAAUGAUAACAACAAACAGGACAAAUGUCAACGAAAUAAGAUGAGUGUUCGCGUAUCGAUUUUUAUUUUGAUACUCACUCUCACUAUCAGUUUUAUACUGUUAGCUCCACAAAAUUCCGUACGACAGGUGAUAUUUGUUUUUCGACAUGGAGAUCGUACUCCUACCGAAAGUUACCCAAACGAUCCGUAUCGGGAUUAUAAAUGGCAAGGGGGCUGGGGAGCAUUAACCAAGGAAGGUAUGGUACGAAUGUACAAUAUUGGUCAGUGGAUUCGUAAUGAAUACGGCUCAAUAAUUGGCAACAAGUAUGAGAGUGAUUUGUCUUUGACGCAAAGUACUUACGCGGAUCGGUGCAUAAUGUCUGCUCAAGUUUUACUAGCUGCUUUAUAUCCACCAAACACAGAGGAAAUAUUUGUGCCAGGAUUAAUGUGGCAUCCUGUUCCUGUUCAUUCCACUCCUAGACAUUUGGAUAAGACGAUUGUAGUUAAGGCUCCCUGUCCACGAUUAGAGAAAGCUUUGAAAGAAGCGUACGCAAAUGAAUCUAAACAUCCAGAAUCUCCAUCAGCCGAAUAUUUUCAAGAACUUUCCAAUUAUACCGCAAAAAAUAUCUCAACAAUCACCGAUGUCGAAUUUUUGUACAAUAUUUUGGAAAUCGAGGAACGUAAUGGCUUAAAAUUACCCGAAUGGACAAACAAAUACUACAAUCAGCAUAUGCGUGAAAUUGCAGCCCGUAGCUUAGCCAUAUUUACAAGCAAUACAUUACAACAACGACUUCGAGGAGGCCCCUUACUGCAAGAAAUUUUGAAGCGUUUACACGCUUUUAAUGAUGGUCAAGAUACAAGACGAACGUAUCUUUAUUCUGCUCAUGACAUAACUCUCGUUAAUUUAUUAAGAACCAUGGGAUUCACGAAUGAAUACUUUAAACCUGAUUACGGCUCGACGCUUAUUUUCGAACUGCACGUUGCAUCCAAUUCUGCGGACACAGAACUGAAGUUAAUGUAUCUAAAUGAUACAGAAAAAAUGACAUUGUAUCAUAUGAAUAUACCAAAGUGUGGCACCCCUUGUCGACUAAAAACCUUAACUAGAUUAUGGAAGGACGUGCUUCCUGAGAACUGGGACGAUGAAUGUCUACUCUUAUGAGUCUCCCCCAUUAAUACACAAAAUAUAUAUCUAUCUCUCUACAAUUGAUUAUACUCGAUAAUUUAUCUUACAAGAAGGAAACCAAAAUUCUCGCUUCUCAUAUACGUCCGUGAUAGUGAUAACGCAUAUAGCCGUAAAACAAAGUAUACUGUAUCAUGCGAAUCAAUUCUAAUUCGAGCGAAGCUGGUUAAGAUUACUAAAUUGGCAUAAAAUCGUUUAACCAGGAUGUGUCCGCGUUGCUUAUGCAACGAGUGACACUGAAUGUUUUGCAUGUCUCGUUACGCAAUACGAGAACGAUUAUUUCAAGCACUCUUUCCGUUGAAUUCAAAUACUCAAAUGGAAGAUAUGCGUGAAUGCAUCAAUUAAAUGGCAUCGAGAUCGUACCGUAUCGACCGAUAUACCUAGUAAUCUUAGUAUGUAAGUAAUUACUUUUUUAUUUCAUGCACAUAUGCAUAUGUAUCAUUGAACAGUCGAAUUUUCCCCAUCUACUGGUCACUAAUCACAGUUACUUUGCAUAUGUACGUCUACAUGAUAUUUUACAAAUAAAUAAAUGGACACGCAAUAUUUUUAUAUUAAUA